AGAAAAAGCACCCUGGAGGUGCAUCUUUAGUGGCUAAGAAGCUUAAAUUUGGGGCAAUUACAGUCCUUAAAACCGUUUAUACUGAAAAUAUGCAUGAACACAGUACAUUUUAUUAGCACAGGUCAAACUCAAAGCACCACACAUACAACGAUUCGGAUAAAUGUGCAACUUCCGGGAUAAAAACAAGAAUUGCGUCAAAUAUAUAUUUCCAAAACAAAUUUGUAGAAUUUAUAUUUUUUACACAAGACCCAGACCAAACUAAUCGAGCUCCACCAAAACAGCAGCUCAGUCUUAUGAAAUGACCGUCGAUCAUCCCACUGAGCAAAAAUGGCGGAUGGCAAGGAUCCUCUGAAACAACUGAGAGAUCUGACACAGCUCAAAAGUCAGCUAGAGGAGAUUCAGAGGCGAGUGGAGAACGAAGUGUCUGUGGGGAUUCCUCAGGGAAGCUCAGUGUUGGGGUCUCCGUUCCUGAAGGGCUUCCUGGCUGGCUAUGUUGUGGCUAAACUACGCUCUUCUGCUAUCCUUGGUGUCCUGCUGGGAACAGUCACUGGUAUAUACGCAGCACAAAGCUACCAAUUGCCCAACAUUGAAAGGGCGGUGAAAGAUUAUAUGAAUAGUAUGAAAAAAGGACCAAAAUAGUGUGACUGCUUAUGAAGAAGAAGAAAAACUGUUACAGCUGUGGGCUUGUGGUGGAUAAACUGGAUUACUUGUAUAAUAAUGUAACUGUCACUGGGCAGAGGAGUUUAUAAGUGGACUGGAUUUACAUCUGUAUUUAGGGGUCGGUUUCAGGAUUUGCAUUCUUUUAUAUUUUAUUUUGAACAUUUCAAAGCAUUUAUUUCAGUAUUGUUGCCUGGAGCAGCAAUCAAAUCCCUAUUUAGAUUCUCAAACACAUGUAAAACAAAGAAAAAUUAUACACCUGAGUUUAAUUAUGAAUGUUAAAAUAGUUGCCAUUCAUUUUACAAAUGGGUUAUUUUGCACUACCACUAGUAUUUGUUAGAAAUUAGAUGUUUAUUCAUCAUCAGUAAGGAUGAUUGUGAUCAACAAUGUUGGAACCAGUUCAGCGAGGGUUAGGAGACGGUGGUUGGAGAGGGUUCAGUGGAGUGUCCUCUUGGGUCUGAUGGUG